AUGCUCCAGUCUCUCCGCCUCGACGCCGCACUCGCGGUGCCGUCGCGCGCGGCCGUCCCCGCCUCCUCCUUCGUCCGGCCGCAAAUUAGCCUCCGGUCGAGCCGCGUCCUUAGCGGGCGGCGAGUGGCGGAGCGGUCCGCCGUAACUGCGCGCGUGCAGGCGGUGGCGGAGCUGUUUCCGUCCGUGGAGGGCGCGGAGGACGCGGGGGAAGCGGAGGAGGUCGACGCGCCUGCAGUGAAGGCGAAGACGGGGAAGAAGGCGCUUGUGUUCAAGAGGGACCAGACCCGGUCGAAGCGCUUCUUGGAGAUUCAGAAGCUGCGCGACCGCAACGGCGAGUACGCGCCGGUGGAGGCGCUGGAAAUCGUCAAGGCGACGGCUUCCGUCAAGUUUGACGAGUCCGUCGAGGCGCACUUCCGCCUCAGCAUCGACCCGAAGUACGCCGACCAGCAGCUGCGCGCCACGGUGUCUCUGCCCAAGGGAACCGGUCAGGUGGUUCGGGUUGCUGUGCUCACCCAAGGAGAGAAGCAGAGGGAGGCGACGGAGGCGGGUGCUGACGUGGUGGGCGCGGAGGAUCUGAUUGAGCGCAUUGCGGGCGGCUUCCUCGAGUUUGACAAGCUGGUUGCCACGCCUGACAUGAUGCCCAAGGUGGCGCGUCUGGGUCGUCUGCUGGGUCCACGUGGCCUCAUGCCCAACCCCAAGGCCGGCACCGUCACCACCGACCUUGCUUCGGCGGUGGUGGACUUCAAGGCGGGCAAGGUGGAGUACCGGGCGGACAAGACGGGCAUCGUGCACGUGCUCUUCGGCAAGGCCUCCUUCUCCAACGACGACCUCCUCACCAACCUCGUUGCCGUCGCUAACUCUGUGGAUGCGAAUCGCCCACCAGGCGCCAAGGGAGUGUACUGGAAGACAGCAUACAUCUGCGCUACAAUGGGCCCGUCUGUUCGUGUAAAUGUGUCUGCCUUGAGGGACUUCAAGCUGCCCACUGCCUCAUCCCUGUGUGUCCUGCGGAUCUACAUUCGGGGAGUUUCAAGCAGCGCAGUGCGCUCACGGCAGGCGGCAGGAUUUGAGAGGCGAAUGAAUGGAGCCUACCUUUCUGGGGCGCCUACGGCCCCCGUCCCCUCCCCUUUCCCCCCCCUCACUGGCUCGGAGCAGCGCAGUGUGUUCACGGUGGGCAGCAGCGUGUGGGUGCCGGACGAGGAGGAUGCAUGGGCGGAGGGCGAUGUGGUGGGCGUCAAGGAUGGCGCAGGGGCAGGGGCUGCGGGCGGGCAGGUGGUGGUGCGCACUAUAGGGAAGAAGAAACGCGAGGUGACGGUAGCAGCGGGUGCGUGUUACGCACGGGAGGAGGAUGGGGGAAUCAUGGACGACAUGGUCAAGAUGGCCUACCUGCACGAGCCAGGGGUGCUCUGCAACCUCAUGCUGCGCUACCAGCGCAACCUUAUUUAUACGUACACGGGCAGCAUUUUGAUUGCAGCAAACCCCUUCAUGCGCAUCCCAGGCAUCUACGACCGGGAGAUGAGGGAGGCGUACAGAGGGGCUCAGAUCGGUGACCUCAGCCCACACGUGUUUGCCAUUGCUGAUAAUGCGUACAGAGCCAUGGUGGACGAUAAGCGCAGCCAGUCGAUUCUGAUUAGCGGAGAGAGUGGGGCGGGCAAGACAGAGACGACAAAGCUGGUGAUGGAGUAUCUGGCAUCGGUGGGGGGACGGUCCGAGGCGACUGAGGGGCGCAGCAUUGAAAGCCAAGUGCUGGAGUCAAACCCAUUGCUAGAAGCCUUUGGCAACGCCAAGACAGUGCGCAAUGACAACUCGAGUCGCUUCGGCAAGUUCAUCGAGAUCCAGUUCGACCAGCGCGGCCGCGUGUCUGGUGCUGCCAUCCGCUCCUACCUUCUAGAGCGGUCCAGAGUGGUGCAGAUAGCAGACCCCGAGCGCAACUACCACUGCUUCUACCAGCUCUGUGCGGGUGCAUCCACUGAGGAGGCAGAGAAAUACCGGCUGCCACCAGGGCCGAACAGGGCGGAAAAGUUUCACUACCUGAAGCAGAGCAAGUGCAUUGAGCUGGAGGGGAAGCGCAGCAACGCAGAGGAAUAUGUGAUAACGCGGAAUGCCAUGGACGUUAUUGGGAUCUCCCAGGACGAACAGGCAUCGAUAUUCGGCAUAGUGGCAGCAAUUCUGCAUCUGGGAAACGUGGAGUUCAAGGAGAAGGGCGACAAGAUGCGGAUUGCCAAGCACUCGGAAGAGAACCUCGAGAACGUCGCCCACCUGCUCUCGUGUGACAAGAAGAAGCUGCAGGAGUCGCUGUGCACGAUGAAGCGCAAGGUGGGAGGCGAGGUGAUCAAGAGCUAUUUGGACGAGAAGGGCGCGGUUGUGCGCCGAGACACGCUCGCUAAGACACUCUACUCCAAGCUCUUUGACUGGAUAGUGGAGAAGGUGAAUCGGUCCAUUGGGCAGGACGCCAAUUCCAUGGCUCUCAUUGGCGUGCUUGAUAUUUACGGCUUCGAGCACUUCAAACUCAACAGCUUUGAGCAGUUCUGCAUCAAUCUGGCCAAUGAGAAGCUCCAACAGCAUUUUAACCAGCACGUGUUGAAGCUGGAGCAGGAGGAGUAUGAGAGGGAGGAGAUCAACUGGAGCUACAUCAACUUCAGAGACAACCAGGACGUGCUCGACCUUGUGGAAGGGGACAAGGGCAUUCUCACACUGCUCGAUUCAGCUUGCAAGCUAGCCCAGUCCACACCCGAGUCCUUCACCAUGUCUCUCUACGACGCCUUUCUGAAGCACGAGCGAUUCACCAAGUCCAAGGGCUCUGUCACGGAUUUCACACUGGAGCACUACGCAGGGCGAGUCAAGUACAGCACGGUGGACUUCAUCAGCAAGAACCUCGACGCCGUGGUAUCAGAGCACGAGGCGCUGCUGCAGAAGUCCACCGAUCCCUUUGUGGCCGCGCUCUUCCCCGCGGUUCAAGAGGAGGUGAAGGAGGGGGGCGGGAAGGGCGGCAAGGCCACCACCAAAUUCGCUUCUCUUGGGAAGUCGUUCAAACUACAACUGGCACAGCUGAUGGAGACGCUGAACCGCACAGAACCGCACUACAUCCGGUGUAUUAAGCCCAACUCCAAGAGCCGACCAGCGCUGUUUGAGAAGAGCAUGGUGGUGGAGCAGCUGCGAUCGGGGGGAGUGUUGGAGGCCAUUCGCAUGUGCUCGGCGGGCUACCCCACUCGCCGCCUCUUUGACGACUUUAUCGACAGAUUCUCGCUGCUCGUGCCCACCCUCUUUGACAAGGAGAUGUCAGACCCCGAGUACGUGGAGGUCAUUCUGCGCCAUGCCAAGCUGGAGAACUACCAGAUCGGCAAGUCGAAGAUAUUCCUGCGGGCGGGGCAGAUGGCUCUAAUGGAGACGUGCCGUCUCGAGAUAAUGAACGCUGCUGCUGCCCGCAUUCAGCGUGCCACGCGCCGCUUCCUCUUCCACCUGCACCGCGCCCGCGCCGCCCUCUGCAUCCAGAAGCUCUGGCGCGCCUACAAGGCACGGCUGUUUGUGUACCACCUGCGGCAGCGCCUGGCAGCAACGUGCAUCCAGAGAAUGGAACGGGGCCGGCAGCAGCGCAUGCGCUUCCUUGUGCUGCGACGGGCUGCAAUCACCAUCCAAGCCAAGUACCGCAUGCAUCUGUAUCGCAUGCGCUACCUGCACAUGCGGGAUAACCUUGCUGCCACCUGCAUUCAGUGUCACUGGCGCGGCUAUGCGGCUCGGAAGCCAUGGAAGGCCCUGCGGCAGUACUUCUUUGCACGCCUGGCCAGGCUGCGAUAUAAGAACCUCAAGCUGGAGGCGACUCGCAUUGCUGAGCUGGCGCCGCCACGCAAGAAGACGGAGGUAGCAAUGGAUACGAUUCGCAUGAUGGUGCUGCGCGUGCAACGAGACAAGGCAGAAAAGGGGCGGCAUGCGUUGGAACGCCAGCUGGUAGAAGCACGAGAGGAGGUGGAGCUGCGGGGUAGGGAGAUUGCGGCACGCGGCAGGGAGAUAGCUCGGCUGCAGGAGAUGCUGGAUGCGGAACAGGCGAGGGCAGAGCCUGCAGAGGGUGAGGCGAUCCAAUUCUCCUCCGUGCCACUCAUCCCUCUCCAUAUCACCCAUUCCCCCACUUCCCACACUUCCCUACCCCAGGACAAGGCAGAAAAAGGACGACAGGCGCUGGAGUGCCAGCUGGCGGAGGCAAGAGAGGAGGUGGAGCGGCGGGGUAGGGAGAUUGCGGCACGCGGCAGGGAGAUAGCUCGGCUGCAGGAGAUGCUGGAUGCGGAACAGGCGAGGGCAGAGGCUGCAGAGGCGGAGGUGAGGACGAUGGUGGCGGAGCGGGAGGAGCAGCGGGAGGAGCAGCAGCAGCACUUGGUGAAGAUGAAGGAGCUCUCUGUGCUGCCUGACGUGCUCAGCCAUACGCCCACUGCUGCUUCUGCUGCUGCUGCGGGGCCUGUACUGUGUGCUCGGUGUGCGGGGAGAGUGGAGGCAUCAGGAGGCAUUCCCGUGUCCCCUUCGUCCCUCCGCUCCCUUGCCUCUCCCUCCUCCCGCCGGCCUCCCCCGUUUGCUGUAUCUCCCAGGAGAACCCCUACUGCCGCUGCUAGAGAUGAGGCUAGGGUGUUUACCAGUGGCGCCGCCGCCGCCGCCGCCACUGCUGCUGCUGCUGCUGCUGCUGCUGCUGCUGCUGCCAGUGCUGCGUCUGUUGACCCGUAUGCUGACCAUGCAAGGAGGCCUGUGCAAGGCGAGGGCGAGGGAGAGGAGGGAGAGGAGGAGGGAGUGGAGGAGGUGAAAGAGGUGGCAAUGGAGGGGGAUAGGGAGAAGGAGUGUGUUGUCUUGGGGGUGGAGGGCGGCGCAGACAGGACGGCGCUUGCCAACCAUUUCCUGCCGCCCAUUUUGGAAAGAUCUGCACAGAGCGAGGCGGAUCUAGUGGAGGCAGAAGAGAGGGCCGGGAACAGAGGCAAGGACGGCAGUGGGGACGAGGAGCAGGAGGAGCAAGGCUCAGGCUGGCAGGUCCCCUCAGAGGACGGUGACUUAGACCACGACGGGGGCUCAGCAGCGGAGCAGGACAGAGGGCCCUUGAGUGCUGACCGGGGCCCUCUUAGUUCUGAGAGACCCAGGAGAAUGUCGGCUGGAGCAGGAGGGGGUGGAGGGGGAGGGGGGGCGGGAGGGAAGGAGUUUGGACGGUAUGGGAGUAGCUCGUUCCGGGGCUCGCCGGCCCGGGAGUUUGAGGGGGGGGCGCGGGUGGGGCGAGGGGAGGAGGGGUCGUGGAGUGGGAGGAAGCUGGGCGGAGUGGGGUCGAGAUCUGCCCGGAUCGGGGCUAGUGAGGCGUCACCGAGGGGAGGGGUUGGGAUGGGGAUGGGGACUCCGCCCACGCCUGGGACGAGUGGGGCGGGGACGCCGAGGGGGAAGAGUCUGACGUUUUCGGCGAGCAACUUUGAUAAGAUCCUUGCUAGCAUGCAGCGCGAAGUGGAGAUUGCACAGAAGAUGCGAGAGGAGAACAACUGGCUGCGAGCAGCCUACAAAGAGGCAGUGCACAAGGCAGAGGUGGCGGCAGCACUGGCGGGCGCAGAGAGGGCGCGGGCGGAGGAGGCGGAGAGGAAUGUGGCAGCAAGGGAGGAGGAGAUGCGGGAGGCCCUGGUGCGAUGCCAUGAGCUGCAGGAGAAGCUGCUCGGCAAAGCGCGGGAGGUGCGCACGCUGAGUCAGAGGCUGAUCGCCUUCCAGGCCAGCAUGGCCAACGCCAACCCCGCCAUGCCCAUCGACAAGCAGCAGGAGGUGCUACUGAACGAGAUCGCAGUCAGCCGCUUCCCCUUCGGUCCACAAGGCCAGCCAGUCGCAGCGUGUGUGGUGUUCCGGUCGCUGCUGCACUGGCGCACGUUCCAGGCGGAGAAGACCAACGCGUUUGACCGCAUCAUCGAGACCUUCCAGAUGGUCUCGCGCUCCGAUGACAUGAGCACGCUCAGUUACUGGCUCAGCAACCACGUUGUACUUCUGUACCUCGUGCAGGUGGGUGCUGUGGGAGAAAGGGGGACGGGAGAAGGUGGUAUGGUGGUGGGUGCUGGGGGGGAUGGGAGGGAAGGUGGCACGCAGGGGAGGUGCUACUGUGUGGCGCAGGUAGGUAAGCCUGAGCUGCUGGUUGGGGUUCCUGCUGGAAGGUUCCAGGCAGGGAUCAACGGCGAUAAGCUCAAAGGAGGCGCCAUGUUCGCUGUCUCUUCCAAUGACGAGUACAAGCUCUACGUGACCAUCGUGCUGCUCUACCGGGGCACCCUGAAGCCAGCAGCAACGCUCGCCGUCGUCAACGCCACGUCAGCUCAAACCACCAAGAUCCUGCUGGACUGCACGUGGACGCAGCCCAGGCCCAGCGUGCAGCUGUGCGAGUGGCUCAAUGACCUCCCUGUUACUGCCACCCCCACCCCCACACCUCCUGCUGACUCUGCCCCUACCUCCGCGCCUGACUCUUCUCCCACCUCUGCUCCUGAUUCUGCUCCUAACGUUACUCCUAACACUGCUCCAAACUCUGCUUCUGACUCUUCUCCUAACUCUCCUGAUUCUGCUCCUGACUCCCCUUUGGAUGCGGCCAAGAGCAUGCGUGCGGUGGCCUUUCCAGGCUCGCUCACGGUGGUGGCCCUGCCAGUCAUGAACAUAGUGGUCAAGGCGGUGUACAAGAUGCAGGUGGGGUCGGAAGGGGGGGAUUCUGCUGAAGCCGUGCUGCACUAUGCGCAGUGA